CCCGCUGCCCUGGGGUCAGUUUAAUCCGGAUCCCGGGGGGGGAAUUCUCGUUGAGCCGGAAGUUUGCGGACGGACCGUAUCCGGUUCAAGGCCGGAGUGGAGCUGGGGUUGAGCGGAGAGCCGAGUGCGCUGGGCUGGAGGCUGGAGACCGGAGACCGGAGACCCGAGGCCCGGACCCUGGCCGCUGGGACUCGCUGUCUCUCCGGGUGAAGAUGUCACCGCGGCGCCGGCCGUGAAGCGCGAGCAUCAUGCCUCAGAAGUUGCUUAAAAGUGCCCAUUACAUUGAACUAGGAAACUACCAUUAUUGGCCUGUUCUUGUACCACGAGGCAUCCGUCUGUACACUUACGAACAAAUUCCAUCCUUUCUUAAGGAUAAUCCUUACAUUACAGAUGGAUACAGAGCUUAUCUACCAUCAAAAUUGUGCUUAAAAAGUCUUUUUAUUUUAUCGAAUGAGACGGUGAAUAUCUGGAGUCAUCUACUUGGAUUUUUCCUGUUCUUCAGUCUUGGCAUUUAUGACAUGGCUACUGUACUCCCUGAAGCAAAUGCCUCUAGGGAUGAUUAUGUUAUAUAUUCCAUCUGUCUCUUCUGCUUCCAGGUUUGCAUGCUAUGUUCAGUGGGAUAUCACCUGUUCUGCUGCCAUCGCUCUGAGAAAGCGAAUCGGCGCUGGAUGGCCCUCGAUUAUGCUGGUAUUGCCAUUGGGAUUUUGGGCUGCUAUGUCCCUGCAGUGUUCUAUGCCUUUUACUGUAACGAGUAUUGGCGACAGGUGUACUUAAUAAUGGUGCUGGCUAUGAUAUUAGCAGUAUUCUUUGCACAAAUACAUCCGUAUUACCUCACUCAGCAGUGGUACAGCCUGCGUGCACUCAUCUUUUGCUGCGUGUCUGUGUAUGGAUUUAUCCCAACAAUUCACUGGAUUUGGCAGAAUGGAGGGAUGAGCACACCAAUAGUUCAAGCAUUUGUGCCACGUGUAUUCGUGAUGUAUUUGAUGGGUGCAGUGGCUUUCUUUCUCUAUGUCACAAAAAUUCCAGAAAGAUAUUUUCCAGGGCAGCUCAACUACCUCGGUUCCAGUCAUCAGUGCUGGCAUGUCCUUGUUGUACUGAUGUUUUAUUGGUGGCACCAAACUGGAGUCUACAUCACACAGUAUAGACACAGCCAACCCUGUUCUCAACUAAUGGGUACAUAACUGCAACAUAAGCGUCUUGUAAUUAGGUGAACAAUUUCUGUAGAAGUGCCUGUUAAGAAUCUGUAAUACUACACUGAGCCAGGGAAGGACAGUGUUAAAAUUCGACUGCUUAAUUGAUUGUUUAUUAUUAAUCUGUAUGUAUACAGACCUUUUUAUUUAAAGUAACAGAUUGUUGGAGGAGAGCAGUUAGCUUCCAGACCUGUAUAAUUAUAUGCUGCAGAUAUUUUCCAGUAGCUUUUUGUAAGAUGUCUAAUGUACUUGUAUAAAGAUGCUUGCACCUUAAGGUGUAGUAAUCAUUCUUCAAAAAAUGUAUGUUUUCCCCAUACUGUUAGUAAGAUAUUACUCAAGACUUAAUUGAUAAAUGUCAGGUACUAGUCUCAAUCAAGACCUGCAAAGUUCAGCUGGCUAACUAAGCUAAAUUGUCAAUUGCUUGUUGUAGUGACAAUGGAGCAAGUCUGCGUAUGAAGACCUUCAUUUGUCUAAAUUUUCACAUUAGUGAGUGGAUGGUGUUUUAGCCCUGGUUGCAAGCCCAAAUAGUCUGAGACUGCAUCCUAGGGGAUUGCCUCACCCCUGUUCAUAUUAGUGGAGAUUGCCUCAGCCUAUCAGUAAGAACUACUACUUUUUACAUUUGAAGCGGCUUUUCAUAGAUGACAAGUAGAAUAAAGUAUAUGUGAUCUUUACACUGGGAGUUUGCUUAUCAGACUAAGUCCUAUUCCCUCAUGUGCUGGGAGUCUGAGAAAGAAGAGCAGUGUGUGUACUGAUAUGAAAUUAUACAUGUAUUUAACUAGCCCAAUAUAAAAGUACAUCCAUAAAAAAUAUCAGGGAGAGAACUGACAACUGCUUAAUCUCCUUAUCCAAGAAAGAAUCCUCCAGAUCUGUAUUUAGAGAGUGUAGACAGAAUUAGAACAUGUGGCAUUUAAUCUUCAUGAAUAAGAACAGCCAUAUCUAAAAUGGUUGAUAAUCUACCUACAUUUAGUAACAAGUAACAUGAAAUGAAUUUUCAUUGCUAAAAAUUUCACCUGUUUGAUCAAGUUGUACAGAUCAGUGGUUGUGAACGUCACUGGCAUGUUAGAGUAGAAGUAAUCUGACCGUUUCCUGAGUACCUUAAAUUUUUCAGCUUAGUGACCUACUGAUCAGGUCAGGUUGACCAUUUGCCUGAUGUGGUCCCUUAGGACACAAAUGUAUGUGAGGAAUUAGUAUUUGUCUGAUAGGAGGAGUGGGAAAAAAGUCUACUACUUCUACCAUUCCUCCUCGUAAGCUAAAGAGAUCAAGUAGGCAGGUAGAUUGUCUUGCCACCUUGCACUUCUCUGAUGGACAAUAGAUUCUAGUAAGUCUCAAAAGGGAAAAAUAUUUCUAUUUUCCUUUAUAAAAAGAAAAAUCUUAUCUUUGGUAAUUGAAAUAUUAACUUUUCAAAUAGCAUGGUAUAAGGAUGGAGCAAUUACUCUUGAGAACACCACUGAUGAAUAAAGGGUAAACUUUACAAAACUGUGCUCCUGUCCCAGAGCUUCAAGCGUUAGGAUAUUAAGUUCUAAGUUUAGAUAUAAAACUUGUGGAGGGCUAAGUGCAAUGUACAAGUUUUUUUUGUUUUGUGCACAGAAAUUUUCUUAUCUAUUAGUAGAAUUAGUGCUGUUUGAUAAUGAUGGUACUUUUUGUAAUUAUGCUUGAGUUGUAAUAAUCAUACUUCUGUUUAUUCAUUUUUACUGCUUGCCCUUCAAGGACAAGCUAGUCAUGUGAUGCAAAUGCUUAAGUUGUGCAUUUAUCAGAUUGGAAAAGAUUGUAUAAAUUCUGAAAUUGUUAAUUUUAUUUGAGGGGUGUGGUGCGAGGAAAAGGGAAGGGAGGGAUAAAGUUGUUUUAGGUUCAAUAUGACAACUAUUUGGAGCUUUGUUCAUUAUUUCUCCUGUGACUUAAUGGCUGGUGUCACAAAUAAAACAUUUUCCAACA